AUGACCUCUCCCUUCGACAUCAAUGGCGGCGCCUGCGUGGCCAUGGUGGGCAAGGACUGCGUCGCAAUUGCCUGCGAUCUCCGACUGGGCAUGCAAGCCCUCACCGUGUCCAACAACUUCUCAAAGAUCUUCAACUACGCGCCCUCGACGUAUCUCGGUCUAACAGGCCUCGCCACUGACGUGCACACUGUCGCCGACCUCUUCCGUUACAAGGUCAACUUGUACCGGCUCCGCGAGGAGCGACACAUUUCACCUCAGACGCUGGCCAACCUCGUCAGCUCGAGCUUAUACGAGCGACGGUUCGGCCCUUACUUCGUCAGCCCUGUGGUCGCGGGCAUUAACCACACAACGGGGAAGCCCUUCAUCUGCGGGUUCGACAGCAUCGGGUGUAUUGAUUAUGCCAAGGACUUUAUCGUGAGCGGAACUGCCAGCGAGCAGCUGUUUGGUACCUGUGAGAGUCUCUGGGAGCCAGAUCUGGGCCCCGAGGAACUUUUCGAGACAAUCUCUCAAGCACUCCUCAACGCCGUCGACAGAGACGCCCUCUCCGGCUGGGGUGCAUACGUCUAUAUUAUAGAGAAGGACAAGGUUACGAAGCGAUUACUAAAGGGAAGACAAGAUUAG